AAUGUUCUGUCUAGGAAUGGGUUGACCGGAAAAAUUAAGAGACUGUUAAAAAACUGUGAAAUCAUGCGACAAAGAUUCUAAGUAAAAUGAUGAAAAAAGUUGAAACCUUAACAACAUGCAGUUCCCUCCUGAAAUAGAAGGAGGGAGCUUUGGGGAACAUGUUAAUAAUCUAAGGGGGACUAUGUUCUAUGUUUGUCAGGGUUCCUGCCUUUGCGGAACAGUAAAUAAUAGGGGAAAGGUAAUCUACUGUUACGGUGAUCUAGUCCCUAGACACGGGGAACUUUUCUCAGAAACAACAAACAACAAUAAUAAAGCUUCUCCUAGAGACCUUUUAGCGGCUCAACUCGGAAUAUGGGUGUUUGGUCUCAUAGCUUUAUUAGUAGUUUUAUUGUUAAUACGAAAAUCAAUUUCUUCCCUGAGACAGCAUAUAGAAAAGGUAACAGAGCGACUACCCUGGUACCAUGACGACGACGACCUUUUGUCGAAUAAUUCUACAGCGACGAGUCCGCAUAUUCAUGGAAAGGAUACUACACUAGAGUCCAUGGUUGGUGAAAUAAACGAGGAGGAGGGGCUACCACCAUCAGAUUAUGACGACAUGUUGACCCCUGAUACAGAUCGUCUGGACUCUCCACCCCUGGCCCUAAACCUAAGGGGCACCUCAGCCGCUAAGGGAUCCAGCCAGGGGUCCAACCUGAGGACCCUAAGGGUGGGACGAAAGGACUACAAGAAGGCCGGGGACGGUUUACGCGGGAAAAACGUGACCGAAGCAUUCCGUGUGAAGGAAAAGGAUAUGAAACGAACAAUGAAAUGAGUAUCGCCUGGGAUCCCUGUGUGCCUCCGACGGCAGGGAUCCCAGGAACCGAACCGGGAGGAAAGUCGGAGGAAAAAACACAACCAACAUCGGAGCGAACCCAGCUGUCUUAGGAGACAAGUGAGUGAUGUUUCAAUAAUAGAAAGAGAGGAGGAAUUAGAACUCAUGGAUAGAAGAAUUAAAACUAAAUCCAAUUCCAAGGAUUAAUUAAAUUCUAGAUCAAUUCAUUACAAAUAUGAACAGAACGUUAAUUAAUUCUAGAAAUCUUUUAAGCUUCAAAAGUUGUCGGCUUACUCUUGUAUUGACAGAUAUGCUGAAACACUGAGAAAGUUAAAUUGCAGUGUGACAAGAUUAAAGUCAAAAUUAUUGUCAGGGAUAAAUCUCUUAUUAUUUAGUAAAUCCAAGCCAAUUAAGUAUAAAUCUGGGGACCAAAUUUAAUGAAUUUGAUCUAUGCCGCUGAACUAAACCUACCGUCGAUUCAAAUACUUAUCUGUAGUUUUGCAAUGUAUAGUUGAAGUCUAUGGGACAUAGAUAAAUCCUGAAUCAUCGAUUCAAGUUACCUGGUUGAACCGUCUCUAGACCUGGCUCAAAUUCAUUAACUCUGGUUCUAUAAGGUCUUAAAAUGAAAUAAGCCCCCGUUUAAAUGUUAAUUAGUCGCAAACUUCAAUUGUUUUGUACUUCUAAAUAGCUCAAAUUAUCAAAUAUGAUAUAAUUCAAAUUUUGUUUAGUUUUCGCUAAAAAGUAAAUUGUAAACAAGUAUAAUUUUCUACCUCUGAUUUUAAUACUUAUGGUUUAAUACUACCUUAAUUAAUAAAUCAUGUUUCUAUGAUUUUUAUCGAAAACUUAUAUUACAAUAUUCCUUCAUUUACAUACCCCAGUUGUCCUGAGACAAUGAAGCAUUAAAAAUAAUGACAUUUUUAAAGAACUGAGUUGAUCGAUAGUUCAGUCUGAAUAUGGACAAAAAUAUCCCGUUAUGCCCGUUCUUCUUUACAUUUUAACAAAUACAAAUUUUUUCAUCUUAAAGGAAGUAGGCGCGGGGGAAAAGAUGAACCACAAUCAUUUUAGAAUAGGCAGGAUUUUAAUUUCUUUCCAACAUUUCGGUGAAGAAAAUUUUUUCUUAGCCAAAAUACUGACAAA